AUGACUCAUUACCAACGAUCUCGCCAUGACGCUAUUCUUGUGGGUGCAAACACAGCCGUGACCGACGACCCAAAGCUCAAUUGUCGAUUCCCUGAAACGGGAGUUAACAUGAUACGGCCUGUUAUAGUGGAUCCAUCAGCACGUUGGACAUAUUCGUCAUCCACAGCUAGAAAGAUUUUGCUAGAAAAACAGGGCAUUGCACCCUUUGUGUUGAUAGGGAACGAUACUGAGGUACCUAGUGGAGAAAAGGACUUACUCAAUGGUGACGGAGGUCAGUUCAUUCGUAUAGACUUUACCAAAAGCCUGGAGGACAACUGGUUCCAGAUCUUUGGAAAGCUUCGUUCGCUUGGGAUCCGAAGCGUCAUGGUAGAAGGUGGUGCGUUCGUCAUCGAAUCGCUUCUUGCUACGAACUUGCCUGAUUCGGUAGUGGUUACCAUCGGCACAGUCUUCUUGGGCAAAGAGGGAGUGUCAGUGAGUCCGAAAGCCGUCCAGACAUUGAAGGACGUUGUCUGGUGGAGGGGUCAAGAGGACGCAGUCAUGGCAUCGAGACUUACGAGUAAAUGA